AUGGGAAGGCUUGAUCACGCUGGCACCUUUCUUUCUUUCACUAGUGCUAUCGGACGCGACGCGGCGGCUGCACGCCAUGCCAAUAUCCUGACGCGAGUGACCAUGACAGGGAUCACUGUGUUUUUCCUGUUGGCGCUGCCUUUCACCACCGCCCAGGAUGAGUCCUUUGCCAGUUCCUUUUUAUCAGGUCUUUUAGACACGUUAGACACUCAAGUGGAUGCCAAGAAUUGUCCGGGUGUAUGUAUGCACGCGCUCACCUCACUAAUCUGCUCAAACGUUCUUGAUGAAGUUGAAUGCCCCAAACCGUCUAUGAAAUGUUGUGUUGAUGAACCACUAGGUAACGAAACAAUGGCGACAACGCGUCGCCCAUUCACAACACGUUACACGACGACUGAGAGCUAUGACGAUGAAGACACAACAACUCGGCCGACAGACAAAUACAAAGACAGUGGCAACAUCGCUUGUCCCGGAGUAUGUGUAGAGUCACGUUUGACACAGUACUGUGAGGCCUAUCUCACUUCAAGUGAACUUUGUGUGACUGGGCGUCUUUGCUGUGUCUCUAAAGAUGGAUAUGGCGACAGACGUCCUCCAGACCUAGUUGUGCCUAACGAAAAGAAGCAUUCUACAAAACGGCCUACAACUGCGCUUACAACCACACCACCACCAAGGAAACCUGGUCACAAAUGUCGAGGUGAUUGCAUAAGUGGGCUUUUUGCGUUACUCUGUGACCAUGUGGAUGAAGAUGCCGUUUGUCCAUCGGAAGGUACAUGCUGCAUCACGGAUAGCAGUGAUUCCGCUACCAGACGCCCCUAUUCCACUACCACGCCUAGGCCAACUACUCCGGCGCCAUUACCCCGUUGUCCAGGCUACUGUCUGCUAAACAUCAUGGCAGCUUUCUGUGAGCGACCAGCUGUUUUACUCUCUCACACUAGCUGCAAACUUAGCGGAUCCAUUUGUUGUGAUAACACUAGAAUGCCUCCCCGGACUACUCCUCGUCCAACCACCACAACAACGACUACGACUCCAGCGCCAGUGGAUCCACGACCAGAUUGUCCAGGGUCUUGUAUCGUGUCCCUGCUAUCCUUCACAUGCUUCCGAAACGCAGAAAUGACAGAUGUCUUCAAAUGCAAAAAAGCGGGAACGCAAUGUUGUGCGCCAAAAUCUAAAGUGUUAGAGGCAAUGGGAGUUAGUCGUAACGAUACGUAUCCGUUAGCUGUCACUCACCCACCUAACACGUACGUGACUCCGUAUACGUACACGCCGGCACAAACGUAUACGCCUCAGCACACUACGCCUAUGCCAUACGAGCCAAAUUACCCAACAUCGUUAAGGACUCCUGAGAAAUAUAACAAGUAUGUCUGCGGUGUAAAGGGAACAUCGUCACGGGCGGGACGUGUGAUGGGUGGUGAGGAUGGGGAGAGAGGAGAAUGGUGUUGGCAAACAGCACUCAUUAAUUCUCUUAAUCAAUAUAUCUGUGGAGCAGCGUUGGUUGGCACGCAGUGGGUGCUCACCGCUGCACAUUGUGUUACCAAUAUCGUUCGUUCCGGUGACGCAAUGUACGUGCGGGUGGGAGAUCAUGACCUCACGAGAAAAUACGGGUCCCCAGGAGCCCAGACCCUAAGAGUGGCUACAACUUACAUCCACCAUAAUCACAACAGCCAGACGCUUGAUAACGAUAUCGCGUUAUUAAAGCUCCAUGGCAAAGCAGAGCUCAAAGAAGGAGUAUGUCUGGUGUGUCUGCCAGCUCGUGGAGUGAGUCAUGCUGCAGGAAAAAGAUGUACGGUCACUGGAUACGGAUAUAUGGGUGAAAGUGGUCCAAUACCAUUACGUGUUCGUGAGGCAGAGUUGCCCAUAGUAAGUGACGCAGAGUGUAUCCGAAAAGUUAACGCAGUCACCGAAAAGAUCUUCAUACUACCUGCUAGUUCAUUCUGCGCAGGCGGCGAAGAGGGAAACGACGCUUGUCAGGGCGACGGCGGUGGCCCUCUAGUAUGUCAAGAUGAUGGAUUCUACGAGUUAGUGGGACUUGUCUCGUGGGGAUUCGGAUGUGGUCGUAAAGAUGUACCAGGAGUUUACGUUAAGGUCUCCUCGUUUAUCGGCUGGAUCAAUCAGAUUAUCUCUGUUAAUAACCUUUAGUAGAACUUCGUUCCCCAUUGAUCGAUAGGAGGUUCAAUAACAAUAACCAAAUACGGAAGUUGUGUCGAGAAAUGUCAAAAUUCUUAUUAAUAAAAAAUACUUUGUCAGUAGUUUUAGAGACAUUGGUGACAGACGUCGAUUUGAAGUUCGAAUACAUGACGCCAUUUUAAGUAAAGCAAAUUUUUGCUAAUUUUAACUGAUAAUUUGAACAUCUGUUCUCUCGAACUAUUAUUAAACUUAGAUUAUAAUGGGGAAACUCUUAAAAUCUACCAUGCCGUUACGGGCUGUCUCAUUACCAAACAUAAAUCAAACAAAUAAACCUUAAGAAAUAUUAUCAACAUCGAAUACGGUGCUAUAUUUAUUGAGAGAAAAUCUUAAAAUUUAAAAGUGUUUAAGUAUUUUGUAAGUCUCAACGCAUUUAUUAUUCCUCUAUUUAAGAGUGUAAAUACUAUUCCUAAUUAUAGAAUUAUUUAUUUAUUUUAGAAUAAUUUUCUGUGGGGUACUCUUUUAAGGCUGCAAGAAAUAUAUAUUAGGUACCCGUUAUUAGAUCUAAGUAAUUAGCUCUCCCACCAUAAGUAUUUAUUUAAACCUCAAUUUUAUUUAUGUUUAAUACAAAAUGUAAUAACGCACAAUUAAAAUAGCAAUUUUGUAGUAACACCAUAUUUUUUUAUUUAUUUGACUUG